GGGAGAAGGGAAUGCCCGAAAUCGGCCUUGGCGAUGGCCCAACCCACCAUCAUCACAGCGCGGCAGCUGGAAUCUCGACUUCCCCAUCGCCCCGACCGCUGAAAAAUACCCUCCGCCCAUGAGCCCAAGUCCGUCCGCCCCGCCAAUUCGCGACCCCGCAAGGCAAAACCCCGCCCUCUCUGCCCUGCUCCGUCAAUUGCAUCGCCCCCCAUUGGACGCAGGGGCCCAAUUCCCUCGCAUGGGGGGCCGCCUGCAGUUUGCGUGAUUGCGCCUCCCCCGCCCUGGUCCGGUGUCACCAACCUCCAUGCUGCAGGUUGAGAUUUGUUCGGUAGUUUACUAUAGGGGCUGGACUAAUGUAGCAAAAGAUAGGAAUAGAUUAGAAGAAGAAAGACUGAAUAAGAGAAAAAAGGAUUGAGGAGAUCCUGGAUGGGCAACAAGGUCCUGAGCGCUUGGUCAGUGCAGAGCCAGAUCCCAUGGGCGCUGUGGCUGGCACUGCAGCUGCCAUAAAUAAUAACGAGCCUUCACCGCGUGGCUCCGCAAUUGAAAUAGCUCAAGCUGAAUUGAGGUGCGAUAUUUCACCUCUUUUCAUAACGCUGGUCCAUUCUUUCAACCAUGCCUUCGCGUACUAUGCGUGCCCUCCUUCAUAAGCGGUCUGUCGAGAAUAAGUGUAGAUCAAUGAAAAAAGUUCUUUUACCACCUUCAACUCAGGCGAGAUCUUGCUGUUCGAGAGGAGCGCAAGAGGGAGCUGGAGGUCUUGGAAAAGAGAGGGUGGGAUAGGCUUGAGGCAGAAUUUGACUGCUAAUGGGGAUGCUUCUGCUUCAAGUCAACUAAUUGUGCUAGGAGGAGAUCCAGAUGAAGAUGAUUGUGAAAUACCACUUGGUUUGAGGAAUUAUUUAGACAAUCCGAACUUGAUUGCAAGACAAGAUCAAUCAGGACCCGAAUUGGAUCGCCUAUAGAAAUGGCUCAAUAUCUGAAAAAGAUGGUGAAUGUGUAGCUGGGAGUGCUUUGACAAGUAGUGUGGAAUUUGAGCACGAGAAUGAACCCAUAGCAAGGUGUGGAUUAUCGUUGAACCAGCAUGCAGCAGAAGCCAGCUGUGAAGAUCCAAUUUCGUCUUAUAUGUCUGUACAGUCGACUAAUUUGUGGGUCGAUCCACAUGUUGAUAGUGAUGGGGAAGAACGAAUAUGGCAAUCCGUAGCUAGUGAAGGUCGCGUCGAGCAAGUUGAAGGUUCAAUUGCUCAUGUACAAAAAAUUGGCGAGCUUGGAGACGCUGAUGCUCUACCUGCUCGGCAUAAUGUAGAGGAUGUAUCAAUUAUAGAAGCAUCUGUGGGUAAUUCCUUCAGAACUAGGGUGGAAGAAGGGAUAACUGGAAACCAAUCUCAUCGAAUAGAAAAUAAAGAAAGGCUUGUCUCCAUGGAAAAGGAUAACAGCAGGUACAAAGUGGGAGCUAACCUAGAUGGUCUAUCAAGAGCUGUUGGCGGAGUCAAUGUUUUGCAUGCUAACACCAGCACAGAUGUUCCCGGUGGCGCUACUUUACUUAUGCGUGCCGGGUUGGUCAAAAAGAAUGCUGUCUCGAGGGCAGGAAAUCAUAUCAGAUCAGCAACCAGAGAUAGGUUAGGACAAGAGGAGAAAAGGGCUGGUGUUUAUCACGUAAGAAUCAAAUAUGAAGACGGAGUCGGUGAGAAUAGGGCAAGGCCUUUUGCUACAGAUGCGGAACUAGGUUGUCAGCACACUAGUGGUGCUCCAAGUUCUCAAGAAGAACUUCGGGCGGAAGGACAAGCUGGUGCUGUCGUCGGUGGUGUUCCAAGAGCACUUUCGCGGUUAUCCGGAGUCUCUGCCUCAUCAAAUUGCAUAUAUCCUGGAGUAAGAAUCCCUUGGAAUAAAGGACAAGGUCCGUUAUCACAAAUGGGAUCGGAGGGACGUAAGACAGGAGUGCAAGUAAAAGCUAACGAGGCGCGUGCAGACUUCAUUCUAGCGGAGGCCCAGAACCUCAAGGUCAAGAAGAAAUUCAUUGGGGACUGGCAUUCUAUGGAAAAGUCUUCUGAGCCCGCAAGACGAAAAACCCAUUGGGACUUUGUGCUGGAGGAAAUGUGCUGGUUGGCAAAGGACUUUUUCCAGGAACGAAGGUGGAAGAUUGCGAAUGCUGCUCGCAUCUGUCACAGUGUUGCUUAUGAGAGGAACAAAAAUGAGUAUCUGGCGUUGGACUCCGUGAAUAGACAGCGUAAUCGAGCAAGCUUUUUAGCGCUUGCUGUGAAUAAAUUCUGGCGCAUGGCUGAGGCAUCGUUGACGAAAAGGAAAGGUGGAUGGGUUCAUGACAAAAGUGGGAAAAUAGAAUUUUGCAGGAAUGGCAAAAACGAGGGCGAAGCUGUUCCAAUAGACGUUGACAUUCCUGAUCCCGCCUUGAGAGAGGCUCUGGACAAGUCCGAGAAGUUGAAGAAAAAGAAUCUGUACGGUGUUGAGAGAUAUGCCGUAGAUUAUUUGAAAGCCAGCGGUUGUGGUCGAAUGGCACAAGCUGUAGCUUCUGUUUCUCACAAGCUAUAUUGGGAAUGCAAUGGCAUUCUAUAUUUUAAUGAUCAGGAACGAUUUUCCAAGGAGCCGUUGUACUACAAUGUACCAUCUGGGGCUGCGGAAGCUUGUAGAGUUUCUAUUGAAAUGGAGAGAACAAGGGCUGAAGUGGAGUAUGAAGCGAAGCGUGUAGUAGCGGUUGCUGAAGCAGAGGCGCCGGCCGCUGGUGAAGCAUCUGGAGAAGUUUCCCUGGGAAUUGAUUUUGGGUUUUCGGACUUUCUUGUGGAUGGAGGCUCUCAAGAAGACGAAUUUCAGACAAAUUAUAUGGGUGAAGGAGGUCAUGCGCGCAUUUACAAAAAGAAACGGAAGAAGAUUCUCAAAAGCAAUACCGGAUCAAAGAUUGAAGGGAUUGAACUACAAGGACUUGCUUACCAAUCCUCAGAUAUGUCUACUCCUGACCGGAAUGUUGUCACCGGAAAGCGGUCAUUACCCGGAGAAUCGGGACCCAACAAUGCUCCUGGAAGCAUUCCAGUUAAGCGGCAACGUUCAUCAGCCAUCAACCUCCGACCACGUGCCAGUCACUUGAGCAUCUCACCAGGUACGACAGGGGUGUUAUCUCGCACGGGACCAGGCUCACAGAAUCAGCAAGAAGGUGAAAGUUUUGGCAUGUUGGAUGGUUCCAAUAGAUCAGACUCUGCCAAUGAUACUUCCAAUAGCAAAACGCACAGGAUUGGUGAUGUGGGUGGUUUUAUUACAAACAAGUGGAACAAAAAGCAGAAUCCGAAGACUUUUCCAGAAUUGUCUAAUUCAAGAUCUUUUGAAGGGGGAUUUCCUGCAGGACCACCUGAAAAGAGUGCCGAUGAAGAUUCUCAUGAACUUCUAUAUCAUGAGCAGAUAAAACGUAAAGGAGAAACAAAUUGGUCAUUUGUUGUAACUUCAUCAGAUGCGAGCCUAGGAACACCGACAGAUACACCAGAAACGCCAGGAUCACAAAGUCUUUCAGGGCAACAGAAUGUGAAGAAACAAAAGUCAUCGAAGCAGAGUGAGACCGAUGCUGAGACAGCUACCCCUGCCCCAGCACCUAAUCCACCCACCCUGCAGCAACCGCCUUCUUUACCAAGUGCGAACAAAUUAUCGAAGCAAAGCAGUAUGCGGGACCGUAAUAGAAGGCUUCGGUUAAACAAAGUUCCUCCGAGUACACCGAUUGGUGUUGGCACGCCUUGGUCAGCUAGUGAAGAUCAAGCAAUUCUUGCCCUAGUGCAUGAUCUCGGUCCCAAUUGGGAAUUAGUGAGUGAUGUGUUGAGCUCAAAUUCUCAAAUAAAGGGUAUUUACCGAAGACCCAAUCAAUGUAAGGAGCGACACAAAUCUUUGACGGAGAGAUCCAAUUUAGAUGGGAUGGAAAGUCCAGAGGAUUCAAAUUCUUCUCAGCUACAGAGUUUGAAAGGGAGUGUUCAUGGAGGUACACGUGUUCAUGGAACACCAGAGGAGGAUAGUCUAAAACAUCUGGAGUGCAUUGUUCAACUCGUCCUGAAGUAUCGUGCCCGAAAGAGCUCGAGUGAAAAUGAAGAUCAAAAAACUUCAGCUGCCCAGCAUCCAUCUCAUGGAAUCGCUAUUUCUCAGUUUUGCGCUGGUGGCCCCCUCAAUCCUUUGGAGUUAUGUGAUCGGGUUGCAAAUAAUGGGGAUGCGAACUCACACUCAUACCCCAUCCAGCCUGUACAGGGCAGUGGGUUAGGACCUUCGUUGAUGCCUGGCUCUGCGAUGAGACCACCAUCAGCAGGGUUACCUUCUGUGUUACCAGGCUCUGCUGGUUUACAUUUGGGUCAAUCUCCAGUUUCUUCCUCUGCUGCCAUGAGUGCUGCAGCUGCACGAGAUGCACAGCGAUUCACCACGAGGUUAUCCCCUGGAGAAGCCACACGUUUGCGAAUGGCUGCAAACAACAUGUCAGCCUACAACGCGCGCCGUUUACAGCAGCAGGCUGCUUCUGUUACUGCAGGAUUACCUAUUCUUACUGGUUUGCCAAACCCAAAUGAUCUUCCCAUGCUUCCCACAAGCACUGGGGCAAUGAUGGGUGCUCUAAGCCGUGGCUUGUCAAUGCCGAGACCUGGUUUGUCCAGUAUGGGAUCGCCAGUGAUUUCUAAUAUCGUUCCAGCUGGUCUUGGUGGCAUGGUGCCUCCACCAGGAACCCUCUCUUCACCUAGUAUGUCGAGGAGAACUGCCAAUCUGCUGAACAUGCUGCGGGUGGGUGGGUGCACAGAAGAUCAGCGAGUACUGAUCUUACAACAAUUACAAUUACUUGCGCAACAAGGUGAUAAUCAAGCUGCAGCUGCUUUCUCAAAUUUGGGCGGCGACAUGGCUACUAUGAUACCUUCCUCGCCCCAGUCAUUCUCCCCUCAACAUCAUUCGAUUCAGUUGCAACAGCAUCAACAGCAGCAAGAUCAGCAGCAGCAACAACAGCAGCACCACCAGCAACAUCAUCAACAACAACAAGCUCAGCAACAACAGCAACAGCAGCAAGUUCAAAAUCAGCAACGAAAUCAACAGAUGCAGUUGCAAGGAAACCCUACCCAGGCUUAUUACUCAGCAGCAGCUGCUGUCCGUAUGAAAGAACAACAAUAUCGGCAGCAGCAUCAGCAGAAGCAGCGGCUCAUGGGAACCCUUCCACCUACUCAAGCCCAAUAUAUGCUGGUGUCACCCCAUGUGCAAAACCUUCCUGCUCAGCAGUUGGGCUCUAAGUCCCAUAUGUUGUCCCAACAACCGCAACGCACCCAUUUAGGUCAGCAGCAUCAGGGGUCUGGUCUUUCGUCCCAGUCGUCUCAGCCAGCUUUGAGUACAUUAAAUCUGCAGUCUUCCUCAGCUUCACCAACUGCAACAGGGCAGUCUAACUCUUCUGCACAGCAGAUGCCUCUACCACAGCAGAACCAAUCUGUUGUGCAGCCGGGAGAGGCUACUGGGUCAGCCAAACCUCCACAAGGAAAGCAGCCACAGAAGUACCCGACGCAGACCUCACAAAUUAUGCAGCAUCAUCAGCAACACCAGCAGCAUACUGUAAGAAAUUCUAAGGGGCCUAUGCGAGGAGCCAUAAUGCAGAAUCUCCCUUCACAGACUGGACAACAAAGUCCUAAUAACUUGAGUGGUGGAAGUAAUCAGCCAUUAAAUGAGACUCCUGGGCACAUGCUAAUUCAGCCACAAUUGGGACAGGUGCAGGCUGGGAAGGCAUCUUCAGGGUCUCAUCCCUCUGGUUCAUCUCAAUCUCAUGGAAGUUUGGCACAAGGAGGCACCCCAUCAUGUUCUGGAGUCUCUCAAAUUAAGGGACUUCACCAAUCUCAAACACAGCCGCAGCAGGGUGGUGUUCCUGAUCAACAGCAGGGGAGUUCAAUUCAGAUAGCUACCCAAGUUUCUCUCCCGCAGUCAGGCUCGUUACCAACUUCCAGCGAACAAUCACAAGAGCCCUUAGCUACGCCUUCGGCGCAACAAACGCAGCAAAUGCAGCGACGUCAGAUGCCUCAGCCCCAACAACCACAAAGAAGGUUACAAAGUCGACAUCUUAGUGCGACUCCUUUGGUUAUGCCCAUGCCAGGGCAAUUGGGAAAGACAGGAAUGCAGCAGACGAACCAAGAUGUUUCUCCGCAGAUGGUCAACCACAACCCUUAUCAACUGGGUGGAACAGCUAUGAUUGGAAAUCCUAUGAGCAUGAGCAGCCCUAAUUCACAUGUUGUGUCCCUUCCAUCUACACUUAAUUCAAGUACGAUUGGAGCACAUUCUACGCAGUGGAAAUCUAGUCAAUCCAAUAAUCCUCUCACUGGUGGACUAUACAAUUUGACGAGGGCGAAUAGUCCAGGGUCAAGCCAAGUCUCAACAAUGGUGAUCUCUGGUCCGCAGUUGCCGACUUUUGCUGGAACCGCCGCUGUGCCAACUCUUUCUACCUCUGGAAUUCAUGGUGUACCCACAGGGAGUGUACCACAGAAUCUUGCUGGUAAGCAAUGCCUUUCUAACAUAGUACUAAAUCAGAAGAUUGGCGUAAACCCAGGGGUGAAUGGGAGGGUCCUUUCAGGCGCACAACAGCCAACCUUGUCUGGGCAGCGUAGUCAGCAAAAUGGUUCAGUGGUAAUUUCUUUACCUUCGGGAAACUCACAAAUGACAGCACCUGGCUCUUCAGCAUCCACUGGUGGCUCGCCGACUUCAGGAGCAGGUGUCCCUCCUCAAGGAGAAGGCCUGCUUGUACCAGACACGAGAGACUCAGCACCUGGUUCAAGUCAUUCUGCAUCCAGUCCUAUGUUGAUAGACAAUGGGCAGGCACGCCAGUCUGGAGGGGUGAUUUUGUCAUCACCUAAAACUUCGGUUCCUCGAAAACCUGCUGUGUCUGCAGCGACAGCUGCUAGUGAUGGCAUCUCUUCUGGGAGCACGGUGUCUUCUACUACUUCUGGUCCAGGUCCUCCCAAUACGGAGGCAACUCCAGCUUCAUCUUUCUAGCCCAUGGCUCUCUGCGCUUUGUAUGUGUAGCUUUGAAUUAAUCUACAUGCACAUUGCCGCCUGUAAUCACAGCAGGUGUUGAAUAUUCAAGCGGGAAGUUUGAAUCCUACAACCUUAUGUGGGCUCUUGGCUUUUUCUUCCCAACGUGUAUUGUUCGAAAAUCAUUUGCACGUUUCUGCCCCUCGAGUUACGGGCUCCUCUGUACAUUCUUAUCCCCAGAAACUUGCUUUGUGCUCCUUUUGAGGUGCAAGGAAGUUUUGCUUAUGAUCUCUUGUAACACUAGCCAGUUAAUCUUUGUCAUAAAAAAAAAUCCCCAUUUUUUUCCCCCAUUUUUCCAGUA